CGCCGGGCGCGGGGGCGCGGGCCAGCCAUGGGCGGCAGCCUGCGUGUGGCUGUUCUGGGUGCUCCGGGAGUGGGCAAGACUGCCAUCAUCCGCCAGUUCCUGUUCGGUGACUAUCCCGAGCGCCACCGGCCCACAGACGGUCCCCGCCUCUACCGGCCCGCCGUGCUGCUCGACGGCGCUGUCUACGACCUGAGUAUCCGCGAUGGUGACGUCGCCAGCCCCGGCUCGAGCCCCAGAAGUCUCGAGGAGUGGCCAGACCCUAAAGACUGGAGCUUGCAGGACACAGACGCCUUUGUGCUGGUCUACGACAUCUGCAGCCCGGACAGUUUCGAUUAUGUGAAAGCCCUGAGGCAGCGCAUAGCAGAAAACAGGCCGGCGGGCGCGCCAGAGGCACCCAUCCUCGUGGUGGGCAACAAGCGGGACCGUCAGCGGCUGCGCUUCGGACCUCGUCGUGCACUGGCCACUCUAGUCCGCAGGGGCUGGCGCUGCGGCUACCUCGAGUGCUCAGCCAAAUACAAUUGGCACGUGCUGCGUCUCUUCCGGGAGCUUCUGCGGUGUGCUCUGGUGCGUACACGUCCUGCGCAUCCGGCCCUGCGCCUGCAGGGGGCGCUGCAUCCAGCGCGCUGCAGCCUCAUGUGACCAAAGUGGACAGGGAAAUCUCCUAAAAGCAGGCUCCCACCCAGUCUCCAGGCCGACAGGCUUUCCUUUGAACUUGAUUGGACCCAGCCAACUCCCAAUCAUUGGACAAGUUCAGUUUUAUCUGAGACCUUAUUGGGUCACAAUCACAGAUGGAAAGGACCUGAAUAUGAACGGGAUUGGAAGCCUUCGUACAGCUUUACUGGAAACACCUUUUGUUUUUGAGACACAGUCUCACUUAUGCAGGCUUGGCUGGCCUCGAACUACAAAGAUCCACCUGCCUCUGCCUCUCCAGUGCUGGACUGGUUACUGGAGACACUUUUUAAGUCAUGCCUUACCAGGUAAUAAAAAACAACUUAACCGCA